AACAAGUCACCUAACAAUGUGAUGAGAGGACCCAUACAGUCUGAAUGCAAGUGAAACGGUCUGCAGCAGAACACGCGCUGACUACCCUAUUAGCAUUAUAAUAAGGGCUUGUUGGAGGAAUGGGGGGGUAAUACAUUUAGGCUUAAGAAAACAUAAGGAUCAAAAUGGUAUCCUGGAUGAUCUCGAGGACGGUGGUCCUGGCCUUUGGGAUCCUCUACCCCGCCUACUCCUCGUACAAGGCAGUGAAGACGAAGAAUGUGAAAGAAUACGUCAAGUGGAUGAUGUACUGGAUUGUGUUUGCCAUCUUCACUACAGUAGAGACUGUCACGGACCUCGUCCUCUCGUGGUUCCCCUUCUACUUCGAGCUGAAGAUCGCCUUCGUCAUCUGGCUGCUGUCCCCCUACACCAAGGGUUCCAGCGUGCUCUACCGCAAGUUUGUGCACCCGACCCUGUCCAAGAAGGAGAAGGAGAUUGAUGAGUACAUCAGUCAGGCCCGCGACCGCAGCUACGACACCAUGAUGCGCUUCGGCAAGAGGGGCCUCAACCUGGCUGCCAACGCCGCCGUGACCGCCGCCUCCAAGGGGCAGGACGUGCUGUCGGAGAAACUGCGUAGCUUCAGCAUGCACGACCUCACGCUGAUCCAGGACGAGGACGAACUUCGCCUGCGCAAAGCCGACGCCCGUCAGCGCGGCUCUUCGGGGCUUGGGGAUGACGUGGGAGUCGGGGGCACUCUUCCCCGCGCUAAAGGCUCAUCCCGUCAAGCUCGCAUGACACCCCCACCUUCUGACGAAUCCCGUCCGAGUUCCAAGGCUGACGGGGACCAGUCGGAUGCCAGGACAGAGCAGUCCGAUGAGGAUGCUGGGGAGAAGGUUGUGAAACGCACUGCCAGUGUCAAGGCGAAGAAACCCGCCGCGGCGAAGACAGAGAGCAAGACGGUGAAGAAACAACCAAAGAAGAAGACCUCGCCUACUGGCAGCGCUACUGCGGAAACGCCCUGAGCGGACUCACCCCGGCGCCGACGUAACCGCGCUGUCCGUCCGUCUGUCUGUCCGUCCGUCCGCCCGCCUGUCUGUCUGUGUCUGAUGUGCACAUGCACAUUCUCUCACAUGCACACACACACACUCUUACACCUGCACACACGAACACACAUAAUAUUUGGGUACAGUUGCACACACUUGCGUCUCAGACACGUUCACCUGCACAUGCUCAUACGCAUGCAUGUACACACACACACACACACACACACACACACACACACACAAACAAACACACAAGAUUUGAAACUCAGUCGUUUUGUCCUGCUGUGGUGAAGAUCCAUUCAGAUUCUAUAAGCAAAGGGUUUCUCGUAAGCCUAGAAGCAACAGGAAAGCACUUCAGUAGCCUUUUCACCUGUGUUGUCCUGGUUUUAAUCUGACAGCUCUUUAGUGCAGUGACCCCCCCGCUGCUUGUCACGCGCGUCUGUUCAGCUGUCAUGCGCCAUGAUGUUUCCUUGCUUGUUGACCUUUGACAUGGAUGGUUCUUCAGGAUGUCGAGUUUCUGCCAUGAUUUAAGGAGGCGUGUGCGAGUGAGUGUGUGUGUGUGUGUGUGUGUGUGUGUCUGUGUGUGUGUGCACGUGUGUGUGAUCUUGCCACUUUAUUCCACUUUGAACAUGGUAUUUCAGCUCCUACUGGCCCAACAGGAGUUCUUUAGCUAAGUACCCCCCCCAACCGCUUCAUUUAAAGCCUGCAUUACUGACCACAGCACCAGCUAGUCUCUGGCCUGUAAGGUGUCCUGCAUUUUCACUUGGCCUUCUUUCUAAUUGUGGAUACACAUUCGUUAGAUGUGGAAGGCAGUUUUGUCUCCCUGUGGGGAAUUUAUUUUAGGGAAAUGGGACAGCUUCUCUGGGAACAGAGUAAUGACUGAUAAAGGAGUAGAGAUGGAGAUAUGAGGUGUAGCGAAGGGAGAGAGGGCUACUGUCCUACCCUGCGUUUCUUCUAAAAUUUGGUUGAAGUGAAUAUUCGGUCUCUUACUCAUGCGAACUGAAACAGGCUAGAAAAAAUGAACUGCCUCUUUGCAUGUAACAUUUGGGAAGCUGAUGGCUAUGGUGUCAGAGUGUGUACAGAUAGUACGAUUUCUCAAAAUAGCAGUGGCAGCUCUUCAGUCCACUGAAGUUUUGAUAAAAGUUUGCCAGUUCCAUCUUCUCACACCUCUGCUUUCUCUGAGUCCCCCCCCCCCCCGCUCCCGAAUUCACACUUAGUCACGUGUCGGUUUAGGGGUGAAGGGGUUGUUUUUUUCUCCUGCUCCUUAUGAAACUUACUUGCUUGUAGUGCCUUCCCAUCCUGCAGGCUCCUGUCAGUCAAGCAAAGCCAUUGUGACCUAAGAGAGGGGGGGCGGGUCACUCUCCACUCUUUGGUCCAAUCACAGGAGCAGAACCGGCAGUGGAAUUUUAUAUGUUCUCUGGAAAAGAAAAAAGGCAAUGAUCAAAGUAGUCACAUGAGCAUUUUUUAAAUUAGCUUUGCAGUUAGGUUUUACAGCUAAGCUUAGAGAGGGACACACAUCUUUUCCUUGGAAAGCAGCAGGAAGUCGUGGCUGGGGAAGAGGGGGGUUUGUCGUAGGCACCGCAGGGUCUGAAGUGGGGUCUACCAGGUUGUAGCAGAGACAUUGGGGUGGGGUGUGGACACCGAUCUGGAAGAGGACUGGGGGGGGGACCCCAGGAGAGUGGCAGACGCUGCUGUAACUCGGGGGUUCAGAAUGGGGCGUGUAGCAGAAGUCUUGGGGGCGUGUCCCUGUCCUUCAGUCACUGGGUGUCUUUAAGAACAGCACAAUGGGCUGAAAUGCGCACCCUGACAAAAUAGCUGGGUUACCACAGGAAUCGUGUCAAAACCUCUUUUUUCGUUUAAAUUUAAUGAGAGUUUAAAAAUAGUGCUGUGCAAUUAGCUCGUGAUAAGCUAGGCGGAGACGGUCUUAUUGCGCAAGACACUUUAAGUAUAUACUUUUAAAGUUCUUUACAAUGUGUUUUAUUCAGCAAUUUUUAGAAUAUGCAGAACAAGGGUUGGCAGUGCCCGAGACGGUCCUGGUUUUUGUUCCAACUGAACCUAACACUAAAUAACUGGAUUCAUUUGAAUUAAUCAGAUGGCGAAUGUAGGUGACCAUGUGCAGGAGGCAUUCAGAACAUUCAGGCUCAGACUCUAAACCAUUUGAAGAGUAGGUCUUUUUGGGAUGUUUUUUUUUCCUCCAAAAUUCAAUGCCAGUAUUCUAGAACACGAUUACUUUCAGUUACCAGUAGUGAUUGUUAUGUCAGCAUUAGUAUGUUGGGUUAAGAAAAUUCCAGAAUUCUAAUUUUAGAAUUAGGGCACAUUUGUGAUCUUUCACCUUAAUCGUCUGUUAAACUCCUGUGAUCGAGCUCAGAAGGAACAGAAGCUCAGGAUCGUCUCCGGCGCUUGUGGGCCAGGGUUGGUUGCCCCUGGCGUGGAGUCUCACCGGGGUGGCGUGGUGGUCACAUGGGGAAAUGACACAAUGGGUGCGCUUGUCUUGCGUCAGGAGGAGGCCGGUGCCGCAGUUGGGCUUUGCACACGAGCAUUGUGCUGUCAGGGCACUGGAGGGAAGCUCUUCAUCACUGUGGUUUACUGCAGUGUUUAACGGAGGGACCUGUUAAUAUGGGCCCAUUCUGGGUUAUUGCCUGUUGUCAAACAAACAGAUUAGCUUGCUUAUCUUCGCCCUUCUGACUGAGGGUGUAUAAAAGGUCUUGGGCGAGGAACACAGUUUGAUCGAUUGGAGAUGCUGUUAUGCACCCAUUUCCAGUCUAAACAGUAUAUGAUAUAUAGUAACAGCAGUACUUCGGGCCUGUCUAUCUGUUUAAAAUCAGAUGGUUGAAGAAAUCAGUCCAAACGCCUUUGGAAGAUGAAGUUGUGUUGAAGUUGUACAGUAGAGGAUAUUGGCAAGGUUUGUUAAGCUGUGAUUGGCAGAACUUGAAUAAUAUUUAGCUGUUGUGAUGCUUUGAGAGGAUCCUGUUCUGCAUUGCGCAUGUGUAGGGUGCUAUUUUAGUGUUUGCAUUUUGCAUUUGACAAUUGGCCUAUUUUUGAGUCCGGAGUGUAACACCAAAUGUGAACUGCAGGGGGAGCACUGACUUCGUGUCUGGGAAGAAUAUCUCCUUAAUGUUAAUGUGUACAUAUUCAUAAUAAUGAUACUAUUACCUGUAUGAAUGGCUUGUUUCCGUUACCAAGACUGUUGGAGCACAGCAAAGAACCAGACAAAUCGUAGUUGAUUUGACAGAUUGUGUUUGAUUUCUGUCCGGUAGAAAUAUUUAAAACAUUUUGUACGUUGAAAUUUUAAUUCAGUCUUCUUGAAAAUAAUGGUGUCUUACAAGUCCAUAUGGGCUGGGCAUUUUUAUGAUGCAUGACAUCGGAUGGAAAAUAGAUAUCAGUCAAUCAAUGUCACCGAUUUAAGUGUGAUUUUAGAUACUUAAAUAAAACCUAAUUCUUUCACCUCACUGUUGCUCAAGCAAGGGUCCUAAAAUGGGUGUGGUCAACAGCUUGUUAUUAUGAUGUCAUUUCUUUUCAGACUCCCUUUCCCACUGCAGUUUACAGGGCAGAUUUAUAUACUGUCAGUUGCUCUGCUUUUUAUUUAAUAAAUAAAUCAUGAAAACUUUAUUAGUUUGUUCACCUGCACUACAUAGGUGCCCCGCGCUGGGUGUGAACCUGUAACAGACUAGUUCCCUGAACCCUGCCACUAUUGAUAUUUACUGAUGAACACUACCGCUGUUGAUAUCCACUGACAAAUACUGCCACUCUUCGUAUACUCCUGAUGAAAAACAUACCUUUACAAUCCGAGACGUAUCUUUAUCCGAUCAAUUUGAUAUCCAGUGCCCACACAUUUUAAACAUCUAUUUUAUUUUUUUGUUUUGUUUAGUUGAAAUUGCACUUGUAACAGGCUUUCUAUCUGCCUGGUGGCUUGUUAGAUGUUUAAACGUCAAGCCUAGCAGACUACCACUGAAUCCUUUAGAAAAACAAACUGACAUGUACUGUAGUGACACCAGGCCAGACUUUUGUGAUUUAACAAACCUCUAAGCGACCAGACUUAGAGACCAGAGGAACUCAGCUUGUAUUGCAUCAGACCCCUUGGCUUUCUUGAUCUGUGGGUAAGUUCAGUAUAAAAAGGAAUGUAAAAGAUUUUUCAAAAAUGAUCUAUACUGCAAAUAAUAUUAAAAAGAAAACCUGUGUAUGUGUGUGAGUGGGGGUGGAGGUGGGGGUGUAGAUUGCCUGUAAAUACAUAAUACUACAAUAUAACUCUUUUUUUUUUUGCUUUUUAAUUUAUGUCUUAUUUAACUCUGUCAUUAUUCCAGAAAGUUCCACAUGGGAAUUUUCUCUGAUAUACUUUUAUUUGUGCAAAGUAUUAAUGUAAAUGAAGGUAAAUGAGUAAAAUCUGAGAGACUGCUAAUAAAGAUUAAUGUAUGUACUGAUUUGUGCUUAAGUACAAAUAACCAACGUUAUAAAUAAAAGAACAGCAAUCAG